CUAAAUAUUUCUAUGUUUGGACUUGGACCCAAAAUCUAUAUUAAAUAUUGUGGCAAAAAGCGAUCAAAGCUCCAAGAAUCGUUCUUUUCAUUUUAUCAAGGAACCCUCUAGUUUCUUAAUUUUCUAGGAGAAUGAGUAAAAGCUGCUUCAAGCAAGAGCAUGACUUCGAGAAGAGGCAAGCCGAGGCUGCAAGAAUUAGGGAUAAAUACCCUGAUAGAAUUCCGGUGAUUGUGGAGAAGGCCGAGAGAAGUGACAUCCCUAACAUUGACAAGAAAAAAUACCUUGUCCCUGCUGAUCUGACCGUGGGUCAAUUUGUCUAUGUAAUUCGGAAGAGAAUUAAACUGAGUGCAGAAAAAGCAAUAUUCAUUUUUGUGGACAGCGUUCUUCCACCCACUGGAGCGGUAAUGUCUACCAUUUAUGAUGAAAAGAAGGAUGAAGAUGGGUUUCUUUAUGUAACUUACAGUGGAGAAAACACAUUCGGGUAGACGUUCAUGGCAUAUAGCAAAUUCAUCCAUCAUAUCUCAUCUUGCAUUCAUCUAUCUGAUGAUCAAUCUUCCUUCCUACCAAAAAGAGAUGGCAAUGUGCUUGUUAUUAUAUAAAUCUUACUGUCUUUACAUGUGCAGUUCCACGUUAUGUAUAGGCUUCUCUACAGACUUUAUGAUGACAGACUUCCAAACGUUCUGAAAUGCAUUAAUGAAGUUUGAUUUCUUUCCCCCAUUAUGGGCAUUUC